GUUGCCGUGCAAGCGCCUGGAUGCUGCAUGUUGAUGACGAGUUCAUUGUCAACGUGAGGUAUCAGUGCUCUGCUGCUGUGCCAGUUACAAUAAAUGUGCUUGGUUAUAUCUUAAUCGUUAUAAUGAGCGAUGUUUUCUCGCUGUCAGAUUGUGAUGUUGUUGGUUUUGAUUUAGACCACACUCUUUGUCGAUACCAUCUGCUGGAAACCUCCAGGCUAAUCUAUGACAGUUUUGCCAGAUACCUGGUUGAACACAAGGGUUAUGACAAGGAGCUUCUCACACUGACACCUGACAGAUGGGAUUUUUGCUUUAAAGGGUUGGUGAUGGACUUUGAGGACGGACAUUUGAUUAAACUAGCUGAAGAUGGAACUGUGUUGAGGGCAGCUCGCGGAACAAAGAUCUUAAGCACGGAGGAAAUAGUUCAACACUAUGGAAAGAAGCAGGAGUGGCAGCAUUUCAACAGCCUCAAGGGUUCAUUUACAAGAUCAGCAAAAUAUUAUUUUUAUGACAACUAUUUUGACCUGCCAGGAGCUCUUCUUAGUGCCAGAGUUGUGGAUCAAAUGCUUCAGAGUGGAAAUCAGAGGAUUUUGGAUUUCUGGAAGGAUAUGAUGUCUGCUAUAGACCACAAUUACAAUACGUCAGCAUUUAAAGAAAAUACUGGAACGUAUUUUCCAAGUGUGAAAAAAGACCCCGGCAAAUAUUUGCAGCCCUGCUCGGAGGCUGUGAAAGCCUGGUUGAGAAGCCUGAAGAAUGCUGGAAAAGUGCUUCUGUUAAUUACCAGCUCCCAUAGUGACUACUGCAGGCUUGUAUGUGAACACAUUCUUGGGAAAGAUUUUGAGGAACUUUUUGAAGUUGUCAUCACUAAUGCUUUGAAGCCUGGUUUCUUCUCCCAAAUACCAGAACAGAGGCCUUUCCGAACUCUUGUGAACGAUGAAGAGAGCACUGAAGGUCUCCCCUCAUUGGACAAGCCCGGCUGGUACUCUCAGGGAAACUGGGCUCACCUCCAUGAGCUGCUCAAGACUAUGACAGGACAGUCAGAGCCCCAGGUGGUGUAUUUUGGAGACAGCGUGCGCUCAGAUGUUUUCCCAGCCAGUUGCUAUGGAAACUGGGAAACCGUUCUGAUCUCAGAGGAGCUGGAAGGAGAAGGAGCCCAGACAAGUGACAUGAAGUCUAAAGAUGCUGAUGCUGAGCCAUUAGAGAAGAAGGGAAAGUAUGAUAGCAAGAAUAUGAAGACACCUUCCGCCCCCUCAGAACAGUGGGGCUCCUACUUUGUGGAUGUCUGCAAAGGGCUGGAGGAAGAGGAAGAAGAGGGGUCAUUGAAAUAUACUUGGUGCUGCCACAGCAUAAACACUUACAGUACCAUUGCCAUUCCCAGUAUAGAAGCCAUAGCAGAUCUCCCAUUGGAUUAUAAAUUCCCAAGGUUUUCACCAAAUAAACCAAGAACAACUGGCUACUACCCCAGACCCCCGGAAUCCCUUCUGAGGAUGAGCGAGAACAGCCCUAGAGAAUAAAGCAAGGGAAAUGCUUUGUUUUUAUUCUAAUCCACUAUUCAAAAAGUAGGCACAAUAGAUACAACUAAAUACAAUAAAGAACAGCACUGUAAGAUAAGACAGCCGUUAGUCAUGUGUUGUUGUCCAUCAGUAUUUUUGAAGAUAAAGUAAUAAUUUUUUUUUGGAGGGGGGGGGGGGGGGUGCAAUAAACAUUUAAUAGAGAAUGUACAAAAGGAUAAUACAUGUUCAAACAGUGACAUUAACAAUUUCAUAGUGUUAUGGAGCGCAAGCCAAAUGUGGGUAUUUUUUUGAACACAUGCAGUAUUAUCUUAGUACAAUCAUCAAGAUACAUCCAGUUCUGUCAUAUAGAUUGUAUAAUCUUAGAAUGUUUGACAUCUGUGAAUGAACAAGAUGCUUUUCAGAAAAGUAUUGGCUAAAUGAAAGCUCAAUAAUGUUCUAUAAUUUAUAAUAUAUUUUGAAGUCCACUACAAACAAAAUAUUUUCUGUUUGUUUUGCCAUCAUAUCUUGGUGCAGAAAGACUGUGCUGUGCAACAUUCUUUCAAACACGUGAAAUGUUAGGGUUGUGUUUGUUGGAAUUAAUAACUGAUUGAAGUCUUAAGCUUAAUAUUUUAAUUCUCUCAGCUGGCCCAUCGCUGAAAAGUCUGGCCCUUCUUUCUACACCUCUGCUGAGAAUUUUUUUUUUUUUUUUUGGUUCAAAA